AUGCCUAUCGAAUUUGUUUGCAAAAUCAAAUUUGCAGAGGAGGAUGAGAAGCAGAAAAGCAAGCAGGAUGGGGACAAGGAGAGCCUGAUCGAGGAGAGCUGCACACCUCCGGCUAAGGACUUGGCCGGGUUUGCUAACUCCUGCUCUCUUCAUGGGAUUAACCACAUCUUUGUCUCUGGUCGCCUGGGCAUCCGGCAGACUCUCUGGGCUCUUGCCUUUUUGACUUCACUGGCGCUGUUUCUAUACCAAGCGGCUAAGUGUGCCAUCUCUUACCUGGAGCACCCUCAUGUCACGGCUCUGAAUGAAGAGGCAACCCCGGAGAUGGUUUUCCCCGCUGUGACCAUCUGCAACAUCAAUCGCUUUCGCUUCUCCGCGCUCACCGAUGCCGACAUCUACCACCUGGCUAACUUGACGGGUCUGCCCCCGAAAAACAAGGAUGGACACAAACCUACUGAUUUAAUGUAUCCUGCUCCUGACAUGCAGGACAUCUUCAACAGGACAGGACACCAGUUAGAAGAGAUGCUCAUGAGCUGCAAUUUCAGUGGACAGAACUGUUCAGUGGAGGACUUCUCUGUGGUGUAUACCAGAUAUGGGAAAUGCUACACUUUUAAUGGCAACAAGACAACAUCCAGGAAAAGCAAGCAGGGUGGAAUGGGAAAUGGGCUGGAGAUCAUGUUGGAUAUCCAGCAGGAUGAGUAUCUGCCCAUCUGGAGGGAGACAAAUGAGACGUCUCUGGAGGCCGGCAUUCGAGUUCAGAUCCACAGUCAGGAUGAGCCUCCCUACAUCCACCAGCUGGGCUUCGGCGUCUCUCCGGGCUUCCAGACCUUUGUUUCAUGUCAAGAGCAGAGGCUGACCUACCUGCCCCAGCCCUGGGGGAACUGCCGCUCCACAAGCAAAGAGAAGUUCCCUGGAUACGACACAUACAGCAUCAGCGCCUGCCGCCUGCUCUGCGAGACCAACGAGGUCCUACGAGUGUGUGGCUGCAGGAUGGUGCACAUGCCCGGAACUGCAGAUAUCUGCCCUCCCAGUAAAAUCAACUGUGUUGACAAAGCACUCGCACAGCUACAGAAGAACAGUGGGGAUACCUGUCCAUGCGAGACACCCUGUAAUCUCACCCGCUACGGUAAAGAGCUCUCCAUGGUCAAAAUCCCCAGUAAGGGCUCUGCUCGCUAUCUCUCCAGGAAAUACGACAAGUCAGAGGACUACAUCAGAGACAACUUCCUGGUCUUAGAUAUCUUCUUUGAGGCUCUGAACUAUGAAACCAUUGAACAAAAGAAAGCCUACGAUGUUGCAGGUUUAUUAGGUGACAUUGGUGGACAGAUGGGCUUAUUCAUUGGAGCCAGCAUUCUGACAAUCUUAGAAAUACUGGAUUACAUCUAUGAGGUGAUCAAGCACCGGUUACAACGUCUGCUGAGGCCGCAGAAAGAGAAGAAGAACAAGCAGCAGACCAGCACUGUGGCAACAGUGGGUCUGGAGGAAAUGAAAGCAAAGCAGGAGCCCAACGACAUGACACGGAGUCACCCAGAGGGGGCGUAUGCCAACACAAUCCUGCCCAACCACCACCACCCUCACCCACACCCUCACCACCAUCACGCCGGGCACCAUGGGGUGUUUGAGGACUUCGCUUGCUAGAACCAACCAUCGUUUUCAGUCCUGGUGACCGCAAAAGAUAAAAACCGUCUGUGUUCAGAUCAAUAACAGACUGUCGGCAUUUCCGUCGCUCCUUUGCUGUCACCAGUGAAAAGCUACAGCCAAAGUCGAACACCAAACUCGUGCUGCUAACAAAGCACUUGUACGUACAGUAUGUAGGCACAAAUUGGACACCGCUUUUACUUUUUCUUUGUUUUUCUCUCUUCGGAUGGGAUCCCUUUCAACUUCACCUGAGAAUUCAGGCACUUUGUGUUUUCAGGACCAAUUUUUGGUACAUGAUCACGACAAGGGAACAAAAGGAGGACUGCAUGUCACCUUGAUCCAGUUUAUACUCCAAUGAUUUAUUUAUUCAGCUAGCAUCUCUGAUAUUUUUUUACCUGUCUGUAUCCUUCCAUUUAUCUCCCCUCCAAGUCCUUCAUGGAAGACACACUGUACCAUACCAAGCCAUCACACAGUCUAAAUUAUGUAAUUAUUUAAAGAGAUACUAUUAUCUAUAUGUUCUAUAUUGUAUACAAGAUGAGAAUACUUACAGGUCUUACUCGUGUUACAACCAUUCAUAAUGUGAGGGGAAGUAUUUAGGCUGAACUGUAUGACCUUGGCUUAGAAGA